UUCGUUGGUCGUCUUCUGCGUAUAAAAAGCGGAAUCGAUCCCCAAUCGGCAUCAGUCCCACGAGUUCUCUAGUCUGACAACCAAACCAAAUCACAAUGUUCAAGAUCCUGCUUGUCUGCGCCCUUGCCGCCCUGGUGGCCGCCAACGAGAAUGCCGAGGUCAAGGAGCUGGUCAACGAUGUGAGCCACGAAGGCUUCGUGAGCAAGCUGGUCCUCGACAACGGAGUUUCCUCCUCGGCCACCGGAGAUGUGCACGGAAACAUCGAUGGCGUCUUCGAGUGGGUUUCCCCCGAGGGCGAGCACGUCCGUGUCAGCUACAAGGCCGACGAGAACGGCUACCAGCCCCAGAGCGACCUCCUGCACCCCCCUCCAGUCCCAGAGGCCAUCCUCAAGGCCAUCGCCUACAUCCAGGCCCAUCCCAGCAAGGAAUAGGCGCUCGACCCGACCAGGACUCUACCACGAAUGGGAGGAGCAGCUCUCGACGAUCUGACCCUCCCUCCAACCCUUAGAAUUUAAAGCAGCAUGCUGACUUAAAAAGUUUGACUAUCGAAUCGUGAAAUAAAUUUGAUAUUCUUUGGCAAAAAA